AUUUCAGACCUGCCAAAAAACCAACUCAGCUGAAGAGAAGUGUGUCAGCGACAGAUCCCAGCACAGGACACAAGCUGAGCCCGGUGAGCCCUCCAGUUGUGGAGACUUGUACCAAUGUUGGGGCAGCAUGCCUGGAGAGCCAACCACUGUUGGAUGACAGCACAGCCGGGAAUCCUUUGACCCCCAGGGAACCUCCAGAGCCCCGGGUAUCCACCACAGAACACACUAAUAAUAGAAUUGAGAAAAUCUACAUCAUGAAGGCUGACACAGUGAUUGUGGGCUCUGUAAAGACCGAAGUCCCUGAGGGCCGGGCUCCAGCAGGGUCUACGGAGCCUGAGUGGGAAGCUGAAUUGGAAGUGGAUCACACCCCUCACUACCCUGAGCAGGAGACAGAGCCACCUCUGGGCAGCUGCACUGAGGUCAUGUUCUCAGUGGAGGAAGGAGGAAAAGAGGACCACGAGCCCACGACUGUCUCUGAGAAGUGAUGCCCAGUGUUAGCUGGGGCUAGAGAGCAGCUGAGUAUUCCCUAGAGACCAGGUUAGCUCCAAGCUGGGAAGCUAAUGUGGCUUGAACUAAGGCCCCAGAAUCCGGUGGUAGCCCAGAAAGAAGCCUUCAGCUGCUGCCAAGAGCAUUGGCUCUUGUGCCCCAGGAGUGGGCACUCGCUGUCAGGCUAGUGUCUGCCAAGGGAGAAGACACCUUGCCCAUACUCUUGUGCCCUGCCUUCCCUCCCUGGGUCUCAAGUGAUGGCUUUACUGACAUGCUACCAGCCUUCAGUUGCUGUCCACAUGGCCCCCUGUGGGAACAGAUACAGCACCUGUUGGUCCUACUCCUGAGGCAAAGGGAAGUUAAAGGGGUGAUGCUUGCUCGUUACCACUGGCCCUGUGACAGCCUGCAUCCAUCACACAGAACUCUGUACCACAGGGAGUCUACAAUGAGAGUCUCCCAGCCGACCUCCCUGGUCUGAAGUCUACAAAAUGGGCCAUCGAGAACUCAUUGUCCUCGGAUGACCCUACCAUGAAGCCUCUUGGAACCCACAUAUCUUUGCCACCCCCCCAAGAAGCUGCAGUGACCCCCCCCAGUGCUGCUAGAAACUCUGCUUUGUCCACAGACUUCCUGUCACAUGGAGGUGGGAGUGCUGCCGUCCUGGGGGGUCCUCUGUUCUACUCUAGAAGUGAAGAAGCAUCGUCCCCAAGCCACCAGGAUCAGGCCUGGUAUCUAGCACCCCUGCCCUAGCAGGUUGUUGGAGGCAGCCUGGUCACACUGCUUGCCAUACUCUGUCCCCACUGGGAGGAAGCAAUACUGGGGGACACACCUGGAGUUCUGCUCUUAAUUGUUUUGUUUUUUUUUUUCUUUUUGAGGUGCUGGGAAUUGCGCCUAUGGCCUUGAACAUGCCAGGCAAAUGUUGCAGGGGUGAUUUAUAUCCUCAGCCCCAGCAUUUCAUACUAAGUACUAAAGCUUCUGUGACUCCCAGCCUGGCUUGCUCCCAGGGACUUGAGGCCUCUUCUAACAAACAAGCAGCCGACUGGUCUGUGGCAGCCUGGGGACUCUGGACUUACCCUUGGGCCAGGCAGGGAGAGUUCUGUUUACUCACCAGCUGCUCGCUCUCUGGAGGAAGCUGGGGCCCUGUAAGGAAUCAGGAGGGGAAGUUUCUGAAACUCUCUGGAUCUUUGGGGGAAAGUUGGAGCAGCUGGGUGCCACCAGAGGCCUUAUACCAGGGUCUGGAUACUGGCCAGAAGGGAUGUGUGUAGGGGUUGAAUAGUUGCCCAAUUGCCUUGUGCAAGGACACAGUGGGCGUGUGGGAAUACACAGUGACCCUAAAGCCAUGUCAUGAUGACCACAUGGAUGCUACACUCCUGAGUGGAAGAUAUUGCCAAACACACACACACACACACA